CAACUCGCAUGUCAAGUCGUCGUUUGUGUGUCGCAUGUGUUUUUUUCUAUUUUGUCGAGUGUGAAGUGUCCAUCGUGUCGCAGGUGUGUGCAGCAAGCCCCCGUCAACUCAAGAAGAAUUUAUCUUGCAGAUCCAAGAACAAGAGCUCAAGAUUUCAAGCCCAAGGAACGCGGAUAAAUAUUAAAUAGUGAAAAUAGUAACGUUACUUCGUGUAGUGUUACAUUUCACUUGGUGUAGCCCCUUGGAGGGUUGGUUUCGAGACUCUUCAUGGUUGGGGACUCUGUGGUGGUGUACCACCAACCUGGACCUCGGCUCUUGGGGUAUGUAGAGGCUGGGAGCCAUCUCCCUCUCGAACUCUUCUUGCUAAGUUUGUACUCCUAAGACUAUAGUGGCUACUGUACCUCCUGCCAGUCAAACCGCCAUAGCGUCGUCAAAUCUUCAUGGAAUUUUAUGAUUCAACUUCCUGCUGAUAGGCGACAACAACGCGCUCCAGAUCCAACUUACAGAUGACCGUUUCCUUCAGCCACCAGAUCGUUAUCAAUAUUUGAAGCCGUCUGACGGAAAUCCGGUUGUGCUCUCUAUCUCUCAUUAUAGGCACAUCUAAGCCUAUUAUCUGCCCCGUCUCUCACUCGAAGAUGUGAAGUGGGAAAUCUUACAAGAAGAUUUCCGCCGUCGCGAAUUGGCGGGUCCCGAUGGUGCCGGAGUUGCAAGCAUGGGCCGUGGGCACGGCCGUGGAAGGGGCAGAGGGCGAGGAGGAAGAUUUGGCAGCAGCUACUUCAAUGGAGGCCGUGGUAAUGGAGGAUAUGGCACCAACAACAACAACAAUGGCUACGGGCGUGGGCGCGGUCGAUUUGAUGGCGAAUGCCACUUUUGCCACAAGACCGGCCACAUGUGGAGAGAUUGCUUCAAACUACCUGAUGGCUGGACCCCUUCUCAAGGCCAAGAGGGCAGAGGAGCAAGGGGAGGAAGAGGCAGAGGUCGUGGAGGCCGUGGUGGUCAUGGAAGCGAAGCGGCAAGCAUGAAAGGUGGAGACUACGACAAGGACUCGAGUGAAGAUCGAUACCCGGGCCAAUUCUUCUUGGUCUCCACGCAAGCGGCAGCUGCAGCAGGAGGUGUGGAAGGCUUUGAGGAGCCAGCUACUGUGGGAAAGGUCACCCUUCACUCUCUGGACUUUUGGGUCAUCGUUAGCGGCGCCACCUACAGCAUGACACCUCGUGCGGACUUGCUCACCGAACUCGAACCGUCGCCGGUCAAGCAUGUUACAUCGGCUUUGGGGCAGCGAGCAGAGGUGAAGGGCAUGGGCAAGGCCAUGUUCAAGGGUGCUGAUGGGAAGAUGGUGGGCCUCAAGAACGUGCUUUUGGUGCCCAACUUAGCAGCCAACCUGAUUUCCGUUCGGCGUUUGCAAAAUGCCGGCAUGGACACAUCUUCCAAGGGAUCCAAAACCUAUACCGCAAGGCUUGGUGAGCGGAAGCUUUGGGACCUUCAUGAGGACAGGGACAUCUACAAUGAGAUGUGGCAAAUCCCAGUGGUCCCCAUGCCUAAAGAGAGGCAAGUGGCAGCAAGCGUCAGCACCAAGCGUGAAGCAGUUGGUGGCGGUGAUCACGGAAAGCAAAGUGACACCAAGAGUGACUCGAAGGAGUGCAACCUUGGAGAGACCAGCAAGGCGUGUGAACCCAAGGAGAAUGGUGCAGCAGCCAAAGGUGGUGGAAAUGAGGAGGAGAAGGCUAAGAUCAACAAAGCAGCAGCGGCGAAGGAGAAAGGAGAGAGCUUGUGGGGCACAAUUGCGAGUGCUGCUUUCUCCAACCCGACUUCCGCUACGGGAGAGUGUGAUUGGCUGACCUUGCAUCGGCGAAUGGGGCACGUGGCAUUGCCCAUUUUGCAGCAGAUUGUUAAGCAAGAGAUGUUCAGUGGAAUCCGUGUCAAGGGGGAGCCCAAUAAGGUGCUUGGCUGUCCAACAUGCAUGCAAGCCAAGUUCACCCGCUACCCGUUCCAUAGCUCGGAGACAACGGCGAAGGCACCACUUGAUGAGGUGGUGAUGGAUGUGGUGGGCCCCUUGAAGCUUGGAGCUGCUGGAGCAGAGUACUUCCUCACCAUUGUGGACGUCUACACUCGCAUGACUUGGGUGUAUGUGCUGCCCAAGAAGAGUGACGUAGCUGAAACGGUGAAGACCGAUUGGUUGCCGAUGGUGGAGCGGCAACAAGACCGACUUGUGAAGGCGAUUCGCACUGACCGUGGGGGAGAGUUCCUGAGCAAGGAUUUCUCAACUUGGCUAAAGAAUCAGGGCAUAAGGCACUCUCUUACCAUGCCCUACUCUCCUGCAAUGAACGGCAUCGCCGAGCGUGCGAAUCGGACACUCACGGAGACGGCACGGGGACUUCUCAUUGAAGCCGGUCUACCCAAUUACUUUUGGCCGGAUGCGGUGCGGCAUGCUUGUGUGGCCAAGAACAGAGCCUUGACUCAUGUGGGAGAAGACAAAUGGGUGCCCUAUGUGGAGUGGAUUGGAAGGAAGCCGAAGGUGGAUAUGCUUCGGGUGUUCGGGUGCAUGUGCAUGGCACUUGUGCCUAAGAAACUUCGGCACAACAAGCUUGAUGCCAAGGCAACAUGGGCCGUGCACCUGGGCAUGGCCCAAAACAGCAAGGGAUGGCUUCUAUGGGACCCAUUUACCAAGAAGUUCCUGGUGAGCAGAGAUUGCAAGUUCAUGGAGAACUUACCGUACAAGGAGUGGAAGGCGGAGAACCAAGCGAAGAUUGGUGUGCGGCUUGGAGAGGUGAAGAGUACCGGCUUGGAGCAUGUGGAGCUGCCCUUGGAGCUGAGUAGCAGCAGCACUAUCACAAGGCAAUCUCCUCAAAUGAAUGGGGAAGAAGAGGAGGAGGAGGUGCAGCAAGGUGAUGAGCGUGCACCGUCACUUCCGCCUCGUGCUACAAGUGCUCGCGCGAACGGACCAGAUUUGCAGCAACGCCAUGAGAGCAUCCAAGUCCCUGCAGCAGAGGAAGAGGGAAGGGGGAGAAGGAAGACUCAGCCCCCCAAUAGGUUGAGCUAUGAACGGCUUGGAGGACCAGCCAACUCAACCUUGACCGGUUCGGCCCUCAUGCUAGGCGAUGAUGCGGAAGAUGAAAGCGAGGAGUGCGCUUUUGCCUUCUUCUCUCCGGUGGAGAUACCGGGGGAGCCUACAAAUCCCAGGGAGGCUUGGGAGGGCCCCAAUGGGAAGGAGUGGAAGAAGGCCUCAGAUGAAGAAAUGGGGAGCAUCAUCGAGAACGACACGUUUGACUUGGUGAACCUACCUCCGGGGCGUAAGGCGAUUUCUUCCAAGUGGCUCUUCAAGCGCAAGACCGACGCCGACAGCAACAUUGAGCGCUACAAGAGCAGACUUGUAGCCAAGGGGUAUCAGCAGAAAGAGAAGAAGGACUACAAUGAAGUGUAUGCCCCUGUGGUGAAGGGUACAACCCUUCGAACCCUCUUCGCCUCGGCGGCCAUCAAAGGAUGGGUGGUGAAGCAAAUGGACAUUGUAACGGCCUUCCUCAACGGCGUUUUGGAGGAAGAGACCUACAUGGAGCAGCCAGAGGGGUACAAUGAUGGGAGUGGCAGAGUGUGGAAGCUGAAGAAAGCACUCUAUGGCCUCAAGCAAGCCCCUAGGCAAUGGUACAUCAAGCUGCGGGAAGUCUUGGAGGCGAUCGGCUUCACUCCCUCAACGGCCGAUCAAUCCUUGUUCAUGCUUGGCGAGGGGGAGCAGAGGAGCUUCAUGGUGGUUUAUGUGGAUGACAUCCUCAUAUUCUCACCCUCCUCUGACCUUGUGAAGGAGGUGAUGCUGAAGCUUCAAGACAAGUUCAAGUGCAAGACCCUUGGUGACGUCAACUACUACCUUGGGCUUCACAUUGAGCGAGAUGUGGAGAAGCGGUGGAUGCGAGUGCAUCAAAAGAAGUACUUGGAGGCCUUGGCUUCAAACUUUGGGAAGAGUGAAGGUCAUAUGGCUACUCCUCUUCCCUCAGGGUUCAAGUGUGUGAAAGGACCAGCGGAGGAAAGUGUUGGUGAAGAGGAGAGGCGGCGUUUUCACUCCUUGGUGGGCAGCCUCAUGUAUGCGGCCGUUCACACAAGGCCGGAUGCAGCCUUUGCUACCGGGCAGCUGGCUAGGGUUGUCCAAUGCCCUAAUGAGGAGCAGGUAGCAGCUGGAGAGAGGGUGGCCAAGUACCUUGGCCAAACAGCAACUGUUGGACUGCAAUACUCCGCGGCGGCACAAAGGCGUCGAAAGGGUGCGGAUGGAGUCGAACCCGGGAGGCUCUUUCUCACCGCCUUCUCUGAUGCAUCUUGGGCAUCAGAACCAGAGGACAUGACAAGUGUGAGAGGCUUCAUCUGCUGUGUUGGUGGAGGACCAACAGCUUGGGAGAGCAAGAAACAAGUGGACCAAGCAUUGAGCUCGGUGGAGUCCGAGUACAUGGCACUCUUCCGUGCCAUAAGAGAGGUUGUGUGGCAGCGGCGUUUGCUAGCUGAAUUGGGGGAGGAGCAGCAAGGACCUACCCCACUCUAAUGUGAUAGCCAAGGUGCUAUUGCAUUGGCAAAGAGCCCCGUUCUUCAUGGUCUUACCAAGCACAUGAAGGUGAAGUGGCAUUGGGUGAGGAGCAUGGUAACCGCGGGUGAAGUGGAGUUGCACUACGUGAAGACGACGGCGCAGCCUGCUGAUAUGAUGACCAAGAGGCUGGUUGAGCAGCAGCAUUGGAAGUGUUGCAAGCUUGCAGGGAUGGCUCUGAACUAAGGGGAGCAGAUUCUAAGGCCAACAAUCCGAGGGGAAGUUUGUUGGUGCAACCCUAUGGCUUGCACUCGGCUUGUCGUUCUUGCUUGUGUGUGUGCAUGCAUGGCAUGGAAUGAAUUGUGAGCCUAUGUCAUUGCUAUCCAGUGCUUGUGUGUGUGUUUGAAUGGUGUAUCACAAUGUGGUUUGUGUCGGUCAAGACAUUAGCGAGUUUUGACAACUCGCAUGUCAAGUCGUCGUUUGUGUGUCGCAUGUGCUUUUUCUAUUUUGUCGAGUGUGAAGUGUCCAUCGUGUCGCAGGUGUGUGCAGCAAGCCCCCAUCAACUCAAGAAGAAUUUAUCUUGCAGAUCCAAGAACAAGAGCUCAAGAUUUCAAGCCCAAGGGACGCGGAUAAAUAUUAAAUAGUGAAAAUAGUAACGUUACUUCGUGUAGUGUUACAUUUCACUUGGUGUAGCCCCUUGGAGGGUUGGUUUCGAGACUCUUCAUGGUUGGGGACUCUGUGGUGGUGUACCACCAACCUGGACCUCGGCUCUUGGGGUAUGUAGAGGCUGGGAGCCAUCUCCCUCUCGAACUCUUCUUGCUAAGUUUGUACUCCUAAGACUAUAGUGGCUACUGUACCUCCUGCCAGUCAAACC